ACUGCAGCAGUAACAGGAAACGAAUGGCCUUCGCUCUGCCGGUGUGGCUCGCGGUCCAGGAGGAGCUCCUCGGACACGAAGAAGCGGACUGUGCGGCUCCGAGCUGUUUCGACGAGUUCGACGACGAGGCUUUGUUCAAGAUGUUUCACCUCACCAGACCCUGCAUCGCUUUCAUCACAGACACUGUCCGCGUCCGCAUGAGGAGCGUCGCUCUGAAGAGACCCGCGCUGCCCGUGGAUGCGACGGUCAUGGUGGCGCUGAACUAUUACGCACACGGAGUUUUCUCCGCCGACAUCGCACAGAGAUUCGGCCAGAGCCAGACGGAAUGCCUCGUGAUCAUUUCCGACGUCUCCAGGAUCAUCGCGGGGAUGUGCGAGACGUUCAUCUCAUUCCCCCAAAUCCGAGAAGCCAGAGCCAAUGUCGCCCUCAGGAUUGAGAAGUUAUGCGGGAUCCCUAGGGUGCUGGGCGUCCUGGCUCCUGCUCACUUCAAGAUCAGAGCUUCUCCAUACGAGAAGGACUCUUUCAGGUCUUUUGUCAACACCUUCGGUUACACGUCUGUGGUGAGCCAGAUCAUAUGCGACUCCGACGGAAACAUACUGAGUGUUGAGAAAUGUUGUGUGGGCAGCACUAUUGAGCAGGAAAUGUGGGAGUCCUCGUUCAAAGGAAGGGAAAUGGAGGAGGACCUGCACGGACCCUAUUGGCUUAUUGGUGGGAAAGGCUACCACUUAAGUAAACAUGUCUUGACUCCCUUGUCAGAACCUGCUAAUGACAUUGAGAUCCGCUUCAAUGACGCCCACAUGAGGAUCCACAACGUCAUGCGGACAACGCUCGGCUCCAUGAAGAGGCGUUUCCGGUGCCUGAUGCAACUUGGUUUUGCACAGGAAGGCUCUUUGGACAAGAAGUCCAACAUUAUCAAGACAUGCAGUGUCCUGCACAACAUUGCUAAGAAGUUCUCGGUCCCUCCCCCGCCUGUAGCUGGUAAAAUUGAGCCCCUGCAUCCAGGCAAGCAGCGUGCAGUGCCAGACGAGAUCAACCCAGAGGCCAUAAAAGCCAGACAGGAACUCAUCAAUUCUAUCUUCUCUAUUGCCCCCAGUAGCAAAGACACACCAAGUAUAGGCAUCACCGAAGAGGAUGUGUAAGCAGAGUGGGUCUAAGUUCUGCGCUAGGAUGUAGCAUAUAGUCAAUAUACAUUAUGGACAAAUGUUGGAUCUAAAACCCAUCUUAUUAUGCACGAUUUUAGAUUGGUUUGUUGCUGUUCUGUCAGUUUGACACUCAUUUGUAAAUGUGGCAGCAUCCUGGGUUUUUCAUCUCGUUUGCAGACUUUGUAAAAACACAUUCAGGUAUUUUUGUUCAUAAAAAAUAUUUUAUUUCUUAAACAAAUAGAAAAUUAUUCUUUUCUACCUACAUUUCUUAUUGUUAAUAAAUGUCAUUUGAAAACAUU